AACAUAUGAAUUCAUCUUUAUUCUGCUUAAAAAAAUAAAUCAUCUUCAUUGCGACAGAACCCUAAUAACAUUUUCGUCUCACCGCCUACCCCUCUAAUCCCCUCGCCCGAGCCAACUAUCAUCUCGGCAAGCAGCCAACGUCACCGUUUCCUGUUUAACCGUAUCUUCUCAAGAUAAGGCCACUGGCACAUAACCUCAUUUAUUCGACAGUUGCGGCCACCACCAUUGUUACCUUCGUCACCGCCAUCAUCAAGACAUCAACACCUUUCUCCAUAUAUUCUCUCAUAUCCUUACUAUCUUUUUCCAUUACCCUAUCAUCACAUUUUUCUGCUUCUUUUACAUUCAAACAGAGAACAACCUAUCAGAUCUGCCACUGAACUGCACUAACCCCACAGGAAGUAUCUCUUCUGAGCUCUCUGGUCUGCACCAUUGAUGGCGGCAAAUGCAGUGGCUGCUGCCUCUCAUGCUGGAAAAUAUGGUGCCCAGGCAUGGCAUGCAUUUAAGACAAGGUCUCCUGCAGCUGGGAAAGGAUCAGCUAUUGGGAUCAGGGAAAGUACUGCUAUGGUUAAGGAAGCAAAUAAAGCCCCUAGACAAUUGACCUUACAUGUAGGAAAGACUGGUGGUAGGAAUUCUGCAGGGCGCAUUACAAGUUUCCACCGAGGAGGUGGAUCAAAGCGGUUGCAUCGGAGAAUUGAUCUAAAAAGAAGCACAUCAUCUAUGGGUGUUAUAGAAAGGGUAGAGUAUGACCCUAAUAGAUCCUCUCGGAUUGCUCUGGUUCGAUGGGUUGAGGGUGGACCCCUGCACUUCCAGAAGAAAUUCAAUGCCGCAGAAGAGUUUGUUCCACCACAGAAGAUUCUUGAACCUAUCACAACCAACACGCUUGGCCGUUUUUCACUUGCUUUUCUAUCUAAGGAAGGGGAUCGAGAAAAGUUAGCUUACUCCCCUUCUGGACGGGCUGCAGCAUAUGCAGUGGUUGGCCUUCAAACUGGUAUGUCACCUGGAUUGAAGAGUCUAUCUACUAGUAAGGGUACAGAGACCCAAAAAACUUGUGCAAGGGAUGUCUUCUUGUCUGCCUUUUCGACUCCUAGGGCCAAGGGGGAGACUGCAUCCUUUUCCCUCUGUGGUUUGCAUAAUUUACCAAGGAUAGCAGUGGCUGGGGCAAAGGCCACCUUUUUCGCUCCUCAAAUGUACGAGAAACAUGGAGGUAAAAACACAGUUUCUCUUAAUGAGGUCCAAAAAUGGAACAGCCGGAGCAGUAUCUGGGCACAUAGGAUGAAACGGAAAGCUGCAGUUUCUUGGCAGAGUUUCAAGUGGCGGGAUACAUUGGGAUUUGUUGGAGUUGCUGAUAGUAACGAUUCAAAGACUGGAAGUAAUCAUGUUAGCUUGCCAUCCAGCUAAAGGCAGUAUUCACUACCUUAGUUCAGAAAAGAAAAUUGGCAGCGGCCUCUUAAUCCAUUCAGCAAAGCUAUGUGCAGCAGUGAAGGAGUUGAUUUUGUAGCAAUAUAUGCUGCAAAAAAAAGCAUCUUGAAAUAGUGCGAUAAUAAUACCAGGCAACUUCCUUUAGUAGGUUUUCUGAUUGAAAAAUCUGAAGAGUUGUUUUAUGACUUUUUGCGAGGAUAACAUUGUGUUGGGUUGGCGGUGCUCUCAGUUCCUUAAUUAGAGCAGCAUGAAGAUUUUGUUGAUAAUAAUUUUUGGUUGUUUCUUGGUAUACAUGCAGCUGCCUUCUUAGGCUUUUUCA